AUGGAUGACAAAUUGGACCGUCUCAAGCAAGAGCAGAAAGUCAUGCAGGCAGAAAUGAGAAGUAAAUUUGAAAAGAUUGAGGCCGACAUUGCCAGUUCACAACUGAAUAUGCUGCAUAAAUUAGAGGACCUAUUCAAUAAGCAUGUUGAAAAGAGUCAUGCUGGAAAUCCCGUCUCCUCUAAACAAGAUUCCAUACCCCCUCCAGGGAUCACAAUAGAAUCUGGUCCUCCUCCUGGCUUCGUACUUAGGGCAUUUGCUUGGAAAUACCACAAAAACUUUUCUGAUUUGGUUAUCUCGGGGGAGCUCAUUGAGAACGCUAUAAAAAGUGGCAAGAUCGAGGUAGUGGAUGGGUCCAGUUCGAAAAAACCAGUAUACUGGAAAAAAGAAAAUGAGGUUAAUAAUACAAGUGUCUACAACAAAAAUACUUCAAAAAAUGUCACAAUAACCAAACCAAUAGCUGAAAGGAAUGACACAAACAUCACCAUAAAUGAUUCUAGUGGACCUUGGAAAGAGAAUAAGAGAAUGUCCUUCACACCACUACCCGUACCAUACUCUAAGAUAUACACCUCGUUAUUAAAGGCGGAUGUGGUGCGCCCCUAUCGUUUGAAUCCUCUGCAAUUUCCGUACCCUCAUUGGUAUGACAUAAAUACAUAUUGUGAUUACUACGAUGGAAUUGCUGGUCACUCUAUUGAGAACUGUUUGGCCUUCAAAAAGGUUAUACAAAAUCUGAUUAAUACUAGGGGAUUGCAAUUUGACUCACCAGAUGUAUCGACACACCCACUACCGAAUCAUGGAGGUAAAGGUGUGGAUGCAGUCCAUGAGGAUAAUAGGAGAAAAGUGAAGACUGUUGUUGAUGAAAUCAAAUCUCCUUUCAGUUGGGUAUUCCAACAACUUUAUCAGGCCGAUAUGAUUCGACAAGAUCCUAAGCCAAAGCUCCAUGAAUGUGGAAAUUAUUGUGAAUAUCACCAAGAAGAAGGACACAUAAUUCAACUUUACCCUGAAUUUAGGGGGGAAUCUGGUUCGCUAGAGGAAACAAAAGUAGCUGAAGAAAACAAUAAAACACCAGGAAGCAGCUUGAUGAAUGAAAUAGUGAGUGAAGUAGGCUACUUUACAAAAAGUGGGAGGUGCUACUCUCCCGAAACAUCAAAAGAAAUAGACAACGUGAAAGCAAAAGGAAAGGCUACAGCGGUACCACAAAAGAUAUUUGAUGACGAGCCCCCACCACUAAUUAAUGACCCGGUAAUUAAAGCACAAACACAAGAAUUCUUGAAAUUCUUAAUACAUAGUGAUUACAGUGUAGUAGAUCAGCUACACAAGCAACAAGCACGGAUUUUGAUUCUGGAUCUGUUAAUAAAUUCAUAUAUACAUCGGAAUGCUCUACUUAGAGUGCUCAAUCAAACAUUUGUUCCUGAGGAUAUAACAGUGAACAAGUUGGAUCAAAUUGUGGGGCAUAUAGCUGCGGACAAUUACAUAACUUUCACUGAUGAUGAAAUUCCUGAUGGUGGAAUGAGAUCGGUAAAAUCCCUCAAUAUCACAACUUACUGCCAUGAUCAUGUCUUACUAGGUGUUUUGAUUUACAAUGAGUCAACUCUCAAUGUUAUGCCUAUGACCAUAUUACGAAGAUUACCAGUGGACAGCUCACAUAUGAGGGCCUACCAAAAUGUUGUUAGAGCCUUUGAUAGAACCCUACGGGAUGUGCUUGGAAAGAUUGAGUUGAUCAGUAUUGGGGCAGAGGAAGAGAUCAUUGCUUCCCUGACGACUGACACCCCAUACGUUGAGACCAAUGAGAAUGCCCUAGAGUGUUCCUUCAGAGCCUUAGAAUUUGUCAAUACUACUUUCAUUGUUGAAGUAAACAAGAUUCCUCGUCCUCGUUUAUCUGAUUGCACUAAGAUGACUGUGCGAGAGACUCUAGGAAAAGGAGCUAAAAUUGGAAAGGGUCUCGAUAGAUUGUUGCAGGGGACUUUACAUCCCAAAUUUGUCAUGAUGAAGAGAGACCGCUUUGGGCUGGGAUUUGAGCCUGAUUUUCAGCAAAGAAAGAAAGAAUUAAAGAAGAGAUGUGAAGUAAGAAGAGCUAGACUUAAAGAAUAG